GAAAUAAAUAAAUAAAACACCCCACCCAAAUUCAAAGGUAUGCUAUAAAUAUCCCAUCAUCACUCCUCAGUGUUGUACUCUCCAAGACCAAGAGACGAGUACAGUUACAGUACACCCCUCUUGAUUCCUCUCUUCUACUCUUCUGUUUCUCUCCUCUUUGAUCCCCUUUCUUUCUGUAUUACUACAUAAUUACACGAUCUCAUCUGGUUGGUUGACAGAACUCGCUCGCUAGGUUCCAUAUAUAAUACACUAGUAGUACAACAAAAAAAAUUAGGCAGAUAGUAGGUGAGGCAUUAGACAAUUACAUCUCCCAGAAUGCCUGCAGUCGUCGACCUUGCUUGUUUAUUAUGUCUGUUGCUUCUCAUAUCCUCCUCCUCUACGGCCACAGCUUGUGAUCGCUGCGUCCACCGCACCAAAGCUGCUUUCUUCAACAAAGCAUCUGCACUUCAAUCUGGUGCUUGUGGGUAUGGCUCAAUGGCCACAAGUUUCAACGCUGGCCAUCUUGCGGCUGCUGUUCCUGCCAUUUACAAAGAUGGAGCAGGUUGCGGUGCAUGUUUUCAGAUAAGAUGCAAGAACACACAGCUCUGUACCAAGCAAGGGGCCAAGGUGAUCGUCACCGAUCUUAAUAAAAACAAUAAUGAGACGGAUUUUGUGCUUAGCAGCAGAGCUUUCAGGGCCAUGGCUGUGCAGGGCAAGGAUCAAGACAUUUUGAAGCUUGGCAUCCUUGACGUCGAAUACAAGAGGGUUCCUUGUGAUUACGGAAGGAAUCUGGGCAUUCGCGUGGAAGAAUCAAGCCAGAAGCGUAAUAAUUAUCUAGCCAUUAAGUUCUUGUACCAAGGUGGCCAGACGGAGAUCGUGGGUGUUGAUGUGGCUCAGGUUGAUUCACCAAACUGGACUUUCAUGAGCCGAAACUACGGCGCUGUCUGGGAUAGCAGCAGAGUUCCAGGCGGGGCGUUGCAGCUCCGGGUGGUGGUGACGGCUGGCUACGAUGGCAAGUUUGUGUGGGCUAAAAAUGCGUUACCUGCGGAUUGGAAGAAUGGGAUGGUCUACGAUUCCGGUGUCCAGAUCACUGAUGUUGCUCAAGAGGGUUGUUCUCCUUGUGAUGAUGGAAGCUGGCCAGCCACCGCCCGUUUAAUAUAAUCUCUUCCCUACCGCUCGUUAAACUUCAGUAAUUACCCACUGAUGUUACUUACUUACUGAAUAAACAUUAAAGCUUGGUUUAGAUUUCCUGCACUUACUUUUACUCACUACUGCAAUUAUUAUUGUUAGUGUAUCCUUUCCACAACUCUGGGACAAGCUGAAAGUGGAGGGAGGAGUGUAUUUUUUCGUUGCCAAAUAAGAAGCAGAGCGUAAAAGAGGAGGGUCGGCAUUCGCAUUUCCCAUCAUAGCUAGGAAAAAUUUUGUGCCCCUGUAUAUUCUGCACUUUGUAUUGUGACUUGUAACACAUAAAGACGAUUAUACAUUAAAACGUCAUUUCUUCAGUUCUUCCAGUACUCCUUUAA